AUGGACGGUUGUCUCGGAUUCCAAGAAUUGAAGGCAUUACAGAAGUUAAUUAAUUCGUCGCAGGAUGAUUCAGAUUCUGAAGAUGAUUUACCACAAGCUGGUGCACGGAAACUUGGACCUGGUGAUAUCGGGACUCAAAAUGCGACAUCCGGGAAACACGCCGGGCCGCAUGCACCGCUGAAAGGAAAGACUGAUGAUAUUUGGCAUCCGUCUGAGGUAGACGCCGUACAGAAUUCCGAAACCUAUGAUCCGAGAGAGGUGCCGGAAUACGAGAUGAAAUUUAAGCAGGCAGUGACGGCACAGGAUGUCUUUUUAGGCAUCGGUUUUAAAACACCUGGCACUGCGUCCUGCGAAUGGCUGUCCGUGUCGGUGAAGAUGCCCCACGAGUCGCGGGACAAAGUCGAGCUCACCGUGGAGUCCGAGACGAUCGACGUGCGAAGCCCAAGAUAUCGGCUGCACCUACCGACGCCGCAUCCAGUUGAUCCUAACACCUCGUCCGCCAAGUGGCACACCGACACUAGCACCCUGGAAGUCAGUCUGAAACUAGUGCGUGAGCUGGACGAUGUGAAUUUUUAA